CCCGACCCGACCUCCCGCGCCCAUGGCAGCGGCCCCCGGCCCCAAGGAGCUGAAGAUCGUCGUCGUGGGGGACGGAGGCUGCGGCAAGACCUCCCUGCUCAUGGUGUACAGCCAGGGAGCCUUCCCCGAGCAAUACGCCCCUUCAGUCUUCGAGAAAUAUACCACCAGAGUGUCUGUGGGCAACAAGGAGGUGACCCUGAACCUGUACGACACUGCAGGUCAGGAAGACUAUGAUCGUCUCCGCCCCCUCUCCUACCAGAAUACCCACCUGGUUCUCAUCUGCUACGAUGUCAUGAACCCCACCAGCUAUGAUAACGUGCUCAUCAAGUGGUUUCCUGAAGUGAGUCACUUCUGCCAGGGGAUCCCCACCGUGCUCAUCGGCUGCAAGACCGACCUGCGCAAGGACAAAGAGCAGCUGCGUAAGCUGCGGGCAGCCCAACUGGAGCCCAUCACGUAUAACCAGGGGGAGAGCGCCUGCCAGCAGAUGAACGCAGAGCUGUACCUGGAAUGCUCAGCUAAAUUCCGGGAGAACGUGGAGAACGUGUUUCGUGAAGCCACCAAAAUCGCGCUGGCUGCCCUCAAGAAAGCCCAGCGGCAAAAGAACCGGCGAUCCUGUACACUGCUGUGAGGGGCGGGCGCUGUCCCGCCCUGGACCUCCAAUCAUCCGACUGGCCCCUCGUGUGGGCCAGGCUUCAGCCCACCUCAUCAGCGGUCACCAGCCUGGAUCCAUUCCGGCUCCAAGGCCUUGUUGGGCUGUCUUUGGUGGUGCCAGCAGGCACCUCUUUCUCCCAUCUAGAAGC